AUGAGGCAGCAGACCCAAUUAUUGGAAAUAGGCUACAAAGAGCAAAUAAAAGCGUGCUUCGAGAUAUUACAGAGGUGCACACGGCCUGAACCAAAGGAUAGGCCAACGACAGAGGAUAUCCUACUUACACUGGAGGAAACAGAAGCAAGAGUCAAAUUGGUCGCUGGGCCUACUCCAAAUGCCUGUCAGCUUGAGCUUGCCAAAUUUGGGCCAUGGGGUGGAGAUGGGGGGAAGCCACGAGACAUCAAAAUGGUGCCUUACCUCUUGGACAACAUAACAAUUAGCAGUGGAACUAUUAUCGACUCUAUCGGGUUUUCAUAUACUGACCACUAUGGACAACACCACACUAUUGGGCCUUGGGGCGGUAAGGAGGGUAAGAAUAAGAUUCAACUAGGUCCUUCGGAGUUUCUUACAGGAGUAUCUGGAACAAUCGGUCCAUUCAAAAGUCUAAUAAAUGUUAUAACAUCACUUACGUUUGUCACCAACACUCGUAGUUAUGGACCAUUUGGAAAAGGCCAAGGAACACAAUUCCACAUUCAAAUGCAAAACAAUGGCCGGGUUAUUGGUUUCUUUGGUCGUUCCAACCAAUAUCUCAAUGCGAUUGGUGUCUACACAAACCAAGAUGCUAGGGUUGCAAGGAUUGGGCCUUUGGGUGGAGAUGGAGGGGUUCUUCAUGACAUCAUAGACCACAAUGGGCAGCAGCAUAGUGCAGGUCCAUCGGGAGAAUGUGGAGGUAACGAUCAUAAGCCUGAUGUGUAUGCCAAAUUUGGCCCAUGGGGUGGAGAUGGAGGAAAGCCACAGGACAUCAAAAUUCUACCCUACCGUUUAGAUAGGGUUAAAAUUAGCAGCGGAGUUAUUAUCGAUUCAAUUGGGUUUUCAUACACCGACCACGAUGGCCAGUACCACACUAUAGGCCCUUGGGGCGGCCAUGGAGGAGACAAUAACUCUUUUCAACUAGGGCCUUCGGAGUUUCUUAUAGGAGUAUCCGGAUCAAUCGGUACAUUCAAUAGUCAACUAAACGUAAUAACGUCUCUUACGUUUGUCACCAACGCUCGUAGCUACGGACCAUUUGGAAAAGGGAGAGGAACAUAUUUUCACAUUCCAAUGCAGGGCAAUGGCUGCAUUGUUGGUUUCUUUGGGCGCUCUGGACAAUAUCUCAAUGCAAUCGGUGUCUACACAAAUCCUGAGUUAAAAUUAAUUAGGAAAGAAGAGGCUGAGGUGGCCAGGAUUGGACCUUGGGGCGGAGAUGGAAAUGUUCUUCAUGACAUCACAGAAAAACCACAUCACCUGCAAAGAGUGACAAUUUUCAGUGGGGCUAUCAUAAAUUCACUUGAGUAUAUAUACAGUGACCACAAUGGGCAGCAGCACACUGCCGGUCCAUGGGGCGGCUGUGGAGGAAACGGCCGAAAGAUUCAUCUUGAUCCUGAAGAGUUUAUAGUGGAAGUUUCUGGAACAUUUCAUCCAUGUGCAUGGGACAGAUCAAUACCAAAUGUUAUAUCUUCUCUUACUCUUGUCACCAACACAGGCAAAACACAUGGGCCUUUCGGAAAACAGCUUGGAGCUGCUUUCCACGUUCCGGUGCAGAGCAACAGCAGGAUAGUUGGCUUCUUUGCCCACGGAGACAAUUACAUCGAAGCAAUUGGCGCCUACGUUCGCACCCUGUAA